AAAAAAUACAAAGAGAUGGCAAAGCGUUUGAAAAAAGGCGGUCACAUGGAUGUGAUCGAACGAAUUUACAAUGAUCUUCCUGCAUUUACUGACAUCUUUACAGAAGAAUCAUUUUACAUAUUUGCCGUAUGUUUCGCACUCACAACCAUUCUUGUCGCAUUCAUAUCAUCUAGAUUCAUAACAAUAAGACCAAUCGAGUAAAUUGAAUGCACCUUGCGAAUGUCAUUCGGCCGUUAUUCGUUCAUCACAGAUUUAUGUCGUCUUUUUUUUCUCUCAUAAAAUCAUUUUUCGAUGCGUGCAUUUUCCCUGUGUUUCUAAACGUAUGAGUAGAACAUUACUACAUAUGAAUGUACACAUAAAAAUAAAUAAUUGUAUACACGAAGAAAAA